GGUGAUAAAGUAAAGGAAGAGGAGAAAAUGACACUUUGCCUGUAUGAGUGUCUGAGAGCAGUUGGGCUGCAGCGUCACUAUGCGAGGUUUGCCUCAGUGGGUGUUUGUCGUGCAGCCCACCUGUCAGCGCUGACCAUGGAGGACUACCCCCUCCUGGGAAUCCGCACUAUGCAGGACAGGACUCGUCUUUUUAAUCUGGUCCAGCUGGUCAAAACUGUUGACUUGGACAGCCUUGGAUAUGAUGAUGGUGAUGGUUAUGAUUAUGAUGUCGAUGGAAGGGAUGAAAGCUGUGCUGUAGUGGAUAGUAGCUUCAAUCAUGAUGGCUGUGGAAGUCCUGAUGAAGAUGUAAGUGAGGAUGAGAAUGACGGUGGAGCUCCUAUGAGAAGGCCGAAUUCAACUCCUUCCACCAGACCAUCACGUGUUUGCAGACGGCUUGAUUUCAGUAAUGAAACCGCUGAUCAUCACCAGGAGCUAUUUUCUCGUCCUGUGAACACUGUUCAUGUCAGUGCAAGUCAUGAUAGAAGUGAGGAGCCAGUCCAGGGAAAAGAAUCAGCCAAACCUGUGCAGCUCGAGCACCAACGAAAAUCCAGUCUUGUAACAAUGGCAUCAAAGACAUUCAACAACAAACCAUUUGGACACAAAGACAGAAAAAUAAUCUCUAGGAAGCAAAAUCCCUGUACAGAAAUGGGCAGUAAUGGGGUUAUUGGACACAUGGUUAAACCAACUCCUGUCUAUGAAGCAAAGAGAACAGCUGGCUACAACUACGGACUACCACUAAAUUCCCCUCAUGCUCUCAACAAAAAGUACGCCGGGAAGCAGCGGAUUAGUGUGUGUGUGAGAAAAAGACCUCUGACACGUGCAGAGAGCAGAAGAGGAGAGGCAGAUGUUGUGACAACUCCAGGUGGAGAGUGUGUGAUUGUUCAUGAAGGCAAAGAGGCCGUGGAUCUCACACAAUACAUACUUCAGCACAGGUUCUACUUUGACCAGGUUUUUGGAGAGGAGAGUUCUAAUGAGGAGGUGUAUCACAGAACAGCAUAUCCUCUGGUGCAGCACAUGCUCAGCGGAGGCAAGGCCACCUGCUUUGCAUAUGGCCAGACAGGUGCAGGGAAGACUCACACAAUGCUGGGUUCAUCUCCCAGGAAACCGGGCUUGUAUGCUCUGGCAGUUCGGGACAUUUUUGCUCACCUGGCCACCAGACGCACUCACUCAUCCCUGCUGGUGUAUGUCAGCUUCUUUGAGAUCUACUGUGGUCAGCUGUAUGACCUGUUGGACCACAGAAAAAGGUUAUUUGCCAGGGAGGAUGGACAGAAAGUGGUUCACAUUAUGGGGCUGCGUGAUGUCAGAGUGGACUCAGUUGGCUCGCUGUUGGAGGUGAUUUCACAGGGCACAGAGGAGCGAACACAGGGGAUGAGUGGUGUCAAUCCACUCUCCUCUCGUUCCCAUGCCUUGCUUCAGAUUCAGCUUCGAGACCACAAUCAGCAGAUAGCGGGCAGGAUGUGGUUCGUGGACCUUGCAGGAAGUGAAAGGGCAUCAGAUGCCAAAGAGCCAGACAGGCAGAGUCGUAUGGAGGGAGCUGAGAUCAACCAGAGUCUUUUGGCUCUAAAAGAAUGCAUCCGGUCCCUUGAUCAAGAGCAAUCACACACACCUUUCAGACAAAGCAAACUUACCCAGGUUUUGAGAGACUCGUUUGUUGGUGAUUCAAUGACAUGCAUGAUUGCCAACAUUUCACCUGGUCACACAGCAACUGAACACACACUGAAUACACUGAGAUAUGCCGAUCGAGUGAAGGAGUUGAGGGGACAAGGAGGACUUAGAGGAAGAAGAAGAGGCAAGACAGUGCCCUCCCCCAAACAUAACCUGGCAACCAACAGCAGCAGCAGCAGCAGCAGCAGCAGUGGUAGUAAUGCUGGCCUCCGAGGGAAAAGCCCCCCUAAAAAGCCAAAGUUAGGGGGGCAAAAGGAUUAUUUUGCUCCCACCACACCUACUGCAAGGUUACCUGCGGGGGGCGCAAUUCUCUGCUCCACACCGAAGAACAGCAGGUGUGGGAAGGACACAAAUGCAAGGGGCAGGAAAGGGAUUGGACUUGAACAUGUCACACCAGUUGGAGGUUGGCUGAGAAUGGGUGACAAGAGGCAAGAGACUAAGGGAGCAGGUGAAAGAGAAGCUAGAAGAAUAGAAAAUGUGAAGUAUGCAAGUAUUUGUAGUCAAUCUGUAAGUGAGCAAAGUGCCAGGCCAGAGCUGGUUUUGGGACAGCAGGUUCACUCAUGGAAGGUGCAUAAAGCUAAAGCAGCCCAUGAAGAUGACUUUUUAUCUGGAUUCUACAACGGACAAAACAGGAACCAGGAAUGCACUUUGAAAGGGGGAAGAGGAGAGGAAAGACAAUUGGAAGAAAUAAGAAAACAAGUCAAAAGCAGGAGAGACACAAGUAGUGGAGCAGAAAAACUCAGAGUAAGAGAUUUACAAAAGGCUGAUGAAAGGGAUAAGGAGAGGGCGAGGCAUCUGAGAAGGUAUCAUGAGCAGCUGCAGCAGUUUAUACCCUCAUCCACUUCUUCAUCUGCCCAUCCCUUCUCACCCUCCACAUCUUUCUCUUCCUCUACUCAGGGCUCUCUCACUUCUUCCGUUUCUCCAUCUUCUCUCCAACACUCAUCCUGCCUCUCAGUUUCUGCCCCUGUGGAUCCUGGUUUGGAGGAGGUUUUAAAUGCAUACGCAGCCAGGGUUGAGGUUAGGGCUGAUGGUAAUAGAGCACAGCAGCCGUCUCCCAGUGGUGAGAUUCACUUACAAACUGAAACCUCUACAGUCUCCAAUAACAGUAAUGAUGAGGAUGCUCAUAGUCACAGUGGUGGUGAUAGUGAAAACUGGAGGGUAUCUUGGGAAAGACAAUUUGAAGAGGACAGGGGUGAAAGUGAGAAGAGGAGCUCAAUGAAGGCAACCAGUGACACAAGAGUAAGGACGGAAGAUGGGGCGCCAGCUGGGAUGGACGGGGGACAGAGGAGGUGGGCAUGGGUGCCAACAACCAAGAGAGAGCCGGCAAAUAGGAUGACAUGUGCAUUUCCAGCACAUGUCCAGGCACAAUUAUCUUACAGCUGUGAUUCAAAAGACAGAAGAGAAGUAGGCGUGAAAGGACUGGAUGCCUCAAAUGCCCCAGCUGAUGGAGGGUGGAGUAUUGAGCAAGGAGGAGCAGCUGACAAUUUAGUGUCUGCCCACAGCAACAGUGACAGCAACAGCCUCUUUAACCACUCUGUUUUUCAGUCACCCCAUCAGCGAGCUCCUGCAGAACGACCCUUGUCCCCGGUCUGCCAACAUACCAACACAUUCCAGACCCCAGACGAACUCAGUGAUGUCUCACUUGAACUGAAGUGCGCUGAAUGCCCUACCAACACACUCCCUCUACCAUUGCAAAAUAACCCAGGGGCAGUGCCAUCAAGCAGCCACAGCAGAGAGAAGGAACCAUGGUUUGCUGCUAAUGCCAACAGAAGACAUUUUUUACGUGCUCAGUCAACUCCAUUGCCUCUCACGUCUUCCAUCACGCAGAUUGGAUGGAAAACACCAACUGAGCCCCUUAGCAAACUACCUGAAAAUCCAUCUUACACUCGGGUUCAGAACUGUCCAGACAUCAAAGAUAAAAUGUCUGAUUUACCUCUACAGAAGACUUUUGCAGAUUCUUUGAGCUCCAUCAUGGACCCCCUUAGCAUCUCCCUGCUUCAAGUGGACCAACAGGCUGCCACAGUCUCGUUCCUCAAAGGGGACAACAGCAGCGCCUCACUCACAAGUGUGGAGAUGGUAGGCAGAGUUGGAGAGGAUGAGGACGGAAAAUUUCGUCUGUCUCUUUUGGAGCUGCCACAAGCAAAGGCCCACCGUCCUGCCACAUCUGAAAUGGCCAAAACCCAAACAACACUAGCUCUUGGCAAUAAAUUCCCAGAAUCCCCACUUAGAUCCUCUACAUGUGAUUCUAUGCAAACUCCUUCCAUGUCUCCCUCUGUCCAACACUUUGGGAACACUACUUCACCCAGUUUACACAAUCUGGGGAAAAAUGCUACACAAAUGGUACCAGAACAUGCACUUAAUGAGCACAUAAACGGACCAUCUGCAAUUACAACACAACAGCUCGAAAGUGUCUCAGGCCAGUUGGACAUAGUGCCAAGCCAGUCAGUCACGGUUCAGUCAAACCACUCCAGCAAGUCAAACAUUUCACUUCAACAAAACAAUCCUACGCAGUCAAAUGGUCAAGAAAGAAUGAGCAAUCAGCAAACUAGACCAACCAUCCCUCUGUUUACGUUGGACGACUUAGACCAUGCCAAGUGGUGUAUAGUUGAAGCCCACUGGGAGCAGCUAAAAGAGAUGGAGGCUUUAUGCCGUAAAGAGGGGAAGCUUCUGUGUCAGCAACCUGAUAUGGCGUUUGGGGAGUAUGUUCACAAGCUGGAGGAAAUCAUGGAGAGAAAAGCUUGGUGUGUACGCAGCAUGAGAGCUCAGCUGCAGCCAUUUCUGAUUCCCAUUCAGUCUAAUCACGCACAAGACCAAGGAGGAAACGGUCAUGAGCCAGUCAAUUUAAUGAUACAAGUCAAUAAGCAGGAAUAUUCACAUUUUUAGGUACAGCCCAUACAUACAUAGACAAAUUCCAGUUAUUGGAAGCCAUUCUGUUUAUGAGUACACAGCAUGAUUUCAGUGACAACACUACAGAGUGGGUUAGACAUGUUAAUAAUAUAUGUUUUUAAUGUUUAAGUGACCUAUGUUUUGUUAGUUAUUUGGACACUGGACAGCUACCACUUGAUAUAAGCGACAUCGGACAUGUAUUACACAAGGAUUCUAAUGGGAAACUUGCCAAAACAUGUUUAUCCAUGUUUACAAUAUGAUCAAAUAAUUUAAAGGGAUAAAUAUAUCUAUUUGUAUGUUUGUGCAUUCUGCAUACUGUUAUGUGUGCUUGUUUUUUGUAUUCUGUUUACAUGCUGAUUCAGAUGCAUAUUGUACAGCAUGCUUUGAACGUUAUACAGAUUUAGUUCUUUGGUACACAAUUUAUUAAGCUAAUGGGAAUAUGUAUUACAUUACUAUGAUGUUUGACAGACUGGUAUUAAGAAUUUAUUUUUUUCCAGUCAUAGUUAAUAUGGUGAGGGUCUCUUAGUUUUAAAUGAUUCGUUUUUGCUCAGUUUGGUCUUGUUUGUUUUGUUUGUUGCUUAAAAACUACUAAUUUCGAGCUUUUUCCAUAUAAAUCCCAUGGAAAUGAUCACAUGGUCAUCUUAAGGAAUGGCCUUGGUAUCGAACUCUGUCAAAGGCUUCAGUUUCCCUGGUUUGAUGCUUAAUUUGUGUUUUGUCUACAGCCAGUCUACCAUGGACUUAGUCUUGACAAACGCGAGCCCAGCCUGAUAGCUUUCUGUUUGACUAUGCUCUUCACUAAAUCUGUGGUCAGAACACACUGAACCAAAGAUGAAACCAAUAUUUUGUUUACCUUCUUAAAACUUGUGUUCAGGUUGUGACAGAGGUGCUAACUAACAAGUGGCAAAAUGAUUUGGUGCUACAUUUUAAAGAUUGUAAGAUUUUUUUUGUCUUAUUAGAAAACAGUGUAAUAUAUUUUUAAAUUAAUUUUCAGUUGAUUCAUUGGAGUUUAAUAUUGAAUUAAAUUUGCUUGAUAAUCACAUAA